AUGGGACGAAAAAAGAUAAAACUUGCAUGGGUGGCGAAUAAAAAUAUAAGAGCUGCGAGUUUGAAGAAAAAGAUAGUAGUGUUGGUGAAAAAAGUUAGCGAACUAACCAUACUGUGUGAUGUCAAAACUUGUAUGAUCGUGUUAAGCCCUAAAGAGAAUGAACCAAUGGUGUGGCGAUCUGUUGAGGAAGCUCAAGACCUCGUACGCGAUUUUUUUGCCUUGCAAGAAUUCGAGAGAAUAAACAACGAGACGAGUCUCGAGUCAUACUUGAUGGAGAAGACAAGGAAGGUUGAAGAAAAAUUGAUGAAGAUUCGUGAGAAGAAAAAAGAGUAUACGGUUGAUCAAUUGAUGGUGCAACUAAAUCAUGGCCGUAAAAUUGGUGAUCUUAACUUGCGUGAGAUCUAUGGAUUGCUAUCUUUCUCAAAGGAAAAGAUCACUCGUUUCAUGAAUAGGCUAGGUUUCACGCAAUAUCUUCCAAUUCAUGAUCCACCAGUGAAUCUGUUUGAUGCGGAAACUAAGGACCUCAUAACCACCACAAAUGAUGUUUUCAUGAUAGAAGGCGGUCAAGACGAUGAAAGAUCUGGGAAUACUUACGAAGCAUCAAAGAAGAUCAAUAUUUCGCUCAGAUCGACCAGAUAA